UGGCAGUGUUGAUAAAAUACAGUGUUCACUUUUGGACCAAUGAGACUGAACGUGGCUGUUUUGUCCAAAAGAGGGAGUCAAGUUUCUUAUGCAGCAACUUCGCCCACUCUCAAAGCACAGCCCUGCGCGUGGGGAGGAAAAGGGGGACAAGAUUUCCUGACAAAUACUAUUUUCCUUCAACCGUGGAAACUCAGUCGGCCAGGUGGACCUUUUAGGUUUCACCUCACAACUUUUACCGCGCGGUGCAGCCGAAGAACAGAUGAUCGACACGAAACUCACGCUGUUUUCACACCUGGAUUAUUAACUCAAGGCGAUAUUUCUUCUUCUUUUUUUGCUCGGCCUUAAAACUAUUUUCGCCAGGCAGAAUGCUGUGGAAAUUAGCAGACAACGUGAAAUAUGAGGAUGACUGUGAGGAAAGGCACGAUGGCAACAGCAACGGAAACCCGCGGCUGCCUCACUUGCCAGCGGUCAGCCAGCAUAUCUACAGCCCGGCUCCUGCCCUCUCACACUCGGCCAGCUCGGACUUCCAGCCCCCGUACUUCCCGCCCCCCUAUCAGCCCAUCUCCUACCCGCAGUCCACGGAUCCCUACUCCCACCUCAGCGACCCCUUCAACAUCAACUCUUUGCAGUCGCCGGCAUCGAACCAGCAGCAGCCGUGGCCCGGCAGGCAGGGCCAGGAAGGGCUCGGCGCCCAUGGGAGGAGCGGUCUGGCGAGUCAGAUCCUGGGCCUGGAGGGAGGUUCGUCCGGGGUGAGGAGGGAAGGCUUUCGACGGCCGGAGCUGCUGCCCCCUCACAGCAUGGAGUCGUCGGUUAUUGGGGACAGUAUAGGCAUUACCGACAUGGGCCCAGGACUGGAAGACGUCCAAAGUGUAGAUGACCCUGGUAUUAUCAUGGCAGAUCAGACAGUCAUCAAAAAAGUAUUAGGACUACGAGGUGGCAGGAACCUUGAUCGCUUACAGACGACUUAUUAUCAGGGGGGAAUUCUUGCUGGUCCCGUCACUCUACCCAAAGGCAACUCACUGGGCCUUCCCUUCCAAAAAGAGUCACUCCUGGGCAUGGUAUCAAACCCUACAGAGGUGUUUUGCUCUGUACCAGGCCGCCUCUCCCUGCUCAGCUCCACAUCCAAGUACAAGGUUACGGUGGCUGAAGUCCAGCGGCGUUUGUCACCUCCAGAGUGCCUCAAUGCAUCGCUACUGGGAGGUGUUUUACGCAGAGCUAAGUCAAAAAAUGGAGGUCGCUCUCUAAGAGAAAAGUUGGAUAAAAUCGGACUCAACUUGCCUGCGGGAAGAAGGAAGGCAGCCAACGUCACUCUGCUAACUUCACUGGUGGAAGGUGAAGCUGUUCAUUUAGCUCGAGACUUUGGUUAUGUUUGUGAGACUGAGUUCCCUGCAAAGGCUAUCGCUGAAUACCUGGGAAGACCACACGUGGAGCGUAACGAGGUUAACUCUCGUAAGAACAUGCUACUUGCUGCCAAACAAAUAUGCAAGGAAUUUACAGACCUGCUCACUCAGGAUCGGUCACCUUUAGGAAACUCGAGACCUGCGCCCAUGUUGGAGCCUGGAAUCCAGGGCUGCUUGACACAUUUCAGCCUCAUCACUCACGGCUUUGGCUCUCCAGCCAUCUGUGCUGCAAUGACCUCACUUCAAAACUACCUGAAUGAGGCAAUCAAACAAGUGGACAAGAUGUAUUUGAGCUCAGGUAGCGACACCCAAGGAUCCUCAGACAGUGGAAGCAAGUCUACCGACAAAAUGGACAAGCACAGGAAAUGAGAGCCCAAAAUCCCUGAGAAUCCCCCUUGGACUUCAGAAUCCCAAAGUUCCCUUCCUCUCAGCCCCAUGUCUGACAUUUUUCUGGACUUUUAAAAAAAAUAGAUAUCUAGUAUUGUUAUUCUGAGAGUUGUGCAUGAGUGUAUAUGUUUGCUUUUUUUCUGAAAAGUUCAGCUUUUCUAACAACUUAUGACACUUGGUUGCAAAGCCACAGUGUUGGAAACAACAGGCGGAUCCUGUGGACUUGACUUAACAUAAGCCCAUUUUACGCCAAAAACCCCAUCAAACUAACCACCAUGUAGUGCUAUAAAGUUACUAAAACCAGAGAACUUGAACUUUCGGAUCAAGAGGAGGAAAAAUGACUUUUUUCCUAUCAAGUCGUCAUUUCAAAAAGAAGUUUCUGUAGCUGUGAAUUCCUCUCAGCUUUCCCUCUCGUCCGCUGUCUGGAGGCAAAUCCACUGAUUUCCUGUUUCUCUAAGGACCUACAAAGGACAUUUGCUGUGUUUGUGUGCAUGGAAAGAGAGCGAUUGUGUGUGUGUGUGUGUGUGUGUGUUUGUAGACUCACUUCAGACUGCCUCCAGUGUUAUUAUGCUUUGUUCAUGGGAGAUGAUGGGAGUCUUGUGCUGGACAAUGAUCUGUUUUCCAGUGUGUACUUUGACAUAAUGGCAGAAAAACUUCCUCAGUGUUCCUGUGAUUUACAGGCAUCUCUUGGACAUGGCAGUAGGAUACAAUAUUUUUGUGACAAGAUUAUUCAUCAUAUUAAGUAUUAAAAAAAAGCCUGACCAUAACUGACCAGCAUACCUUUCCAGGGUGUAUGUAUGUGCGUUGUGAGAAGAUGCGUAAUUGUAAAUAUUGAUCUUUUUCACUCUUUUUAAAAUCAGACACUCAAUUCCAAUCACAGAAUUUUAUCCAGUGUUUUGACCUGGAUGUAAAUAUUUUCUAAUUUAUAUUGUUAUUUAAUGGGCUUGUGUAAAUAAUGGUAUCAUAAUGGUGUAUGGUUCAUCUUUCAAUCUUGUGUCAAACUUUUAUAAAUGGGUCAGUUUUUUUUUUUUUUUUUUAAUUAAGUAGAGGUUAGAAACAGGGCAUGAUUAACUUUCCGAAAAUGUGUUUUAAAGGUGUUUUAAAGUUCCAGAAAAAAAACCCAAAUAAAAAUGAGAGUUUCAAGUCUCA